AUGGGGUCAGUGGACACUUCAGUGAAUGGUAUAAUAAGCAGGAGAAAACUAUUCACACAAAAUGAGAAGUAUGAUGAAAGCCAUGUGCUUAUGUUUACAGUGGCUUCCUCAAUAAUAUGGAUUAUGGUACCGGGUUUGGCAUUUUUAUACUCAGGUUUAUCAAGAAGAAAAAGUGCGUUGUCUAUGAUAUGGAUCGUUAUAAUGGCUUCAUUUGUGGGCACGUUUCAGUGGUAUUUUUGGGGAUAUUCUUUGGCAUUUUCUGAUAAAUCCGGGAACAACUUUAUUGGAGAUUUACAUAAUUUUGGAUUUCAAAAUUUAUUAGGAAGUUUAGAUUCAGAUACAGAGUACCCUCAAAUAGCAUUUGCUCUUUUCCAGAUGCAAUUCAUGCUAGUAACUUUGGCCAUUUUCGCAGGUGGCUGUAUUGGAGAAAGAGGGAGGUUCCUACCAGCUUCUAUACUAUUAUUCUGUUGGUCAACAAUUGUAUACUGCCCAGUUGUGUAUUGGAUUUGGGGUGGUGGUUGGGCCUCUACAUGGAGAGGAGGAGCAUUAGAUUAUGCUGGAGGUGGUCCAGUGGAGAUUUUGUCCGGAGUGUCAGCAUUCGUAUACAGCGCUUUCUUAGGAAGAAGGAACGAGACCCUUAUGAUUAAUUAUAGACCACAUAAUAUUUCGACCAUAUUUCUAGGUACUGCUCUCUUAUAUUGUGGUUGGCUAUUCUUUAAUGGGUUCUCUUGUGCGAAUCCCUCUAUGAAAGUUGCUUAUUCCAUGAUGAACACUCAUCUUUGUGGUGCAUUUGGAGCUGCUACUUGGUGUCUUCUCGAUUUUAGGCUCGAGAAGAAGUGGUCAAUGGUAGCUGUUUGUUCCGGAUGUAUAUCUGGACUCGUUGCUGCAACACCAUCAUCUGGAGUAAUUCCUUUAUGGGCUUCAAUUAUACUUGGAAUCACUGCUGGUGUGGUCUGUAAUUUUUCCACUAAAAUCAAAUACCUAUGCAGAGUUGACGAUUCUUUGGAUAUCUUAGCAGAGCACGGCAUCGCUGGUAUAGUUGGUUUGAUUUUCAAUGCAUUAUUUGGAAGCAAGACUGUUAUAGGUUAUGAUGGCGUCACAGACCACCAAGGCGGCUGGCUUGACCACAAUUACAAACAGUUGUAUAUUCAGAUCGUCUACAUCCUCGCUACAGCAGCAUAUUCUGGUGGCGUUACUGCAUUAUUAUGCCUUGUGAUUAACUUCAUUCCAGGGCUACAGUUGAGAGUUGAUUAUAAUGCAGAGGAAAUGGGAAUAGAUGAAGAUCAAAUUGGUGAAUUUGCGUAUGACUAUGUCGAGGUGAGAAGAGAUUUCUUAGACUGGGGUAACCCAGCCUCCCCACAGACUCAUUACGAGAAUAUAGAUACACCAGAAUCAGUCACAGAGGCGGAGGAGCCACAUCAGGAACCAGAAAGUUCAAAUUCAUCUACAAAUGCAUCUACCCACACAGCUGAAAAGGGUUCUGAUCAAUCACACGAAAAGAAAGUCAAUUGA